AUGAAACUAGGGCUUGUUGAUGAGACUGAGAUUCACGGGUCGAGGCCGAGGCAGCGAAAGUACCAGCCUUCUUUACAGGAACCGAAAGAGAAAGCAGAGGAAGAAGAGAGGGGGAGGAGGAAGCUUGCUCUUUGGAGCAAGAAACUGAAGACGCGUGUGAUCAAUAGUAACUGUAAUCCAGUGUGGAACGAACAACUGACCCUUUCCAUUAAAGAUCUGGAUGAUCCAAUCCGUCUGAGGAUCCGUCCAGGAAGGACCAACUGUUUGGCUGAAGAGAGCAGCAUCAAUUGGAACAAUGGGAAGGUCAAACAAGACAUGAUUCUUAGACUAAAGAAUGGAGAGCGUGGAGAAAUGGAGAUCAUGCUCGAGUGGACUGAUGGUCCAGGCUACAAGGAUCUCAUGAUCCAAGAAGACACCAUGGAUGCAACUAAACGAUUGGACUAA